GGAUAGUCACCGCCACAAAAACCACCCCCGCCCCUCUCUCGCUCUCUCUUUAUCAAGGCCAGGCAGCAAACAAGCGAGGUCACUCUCGAUCAACUCCCGACUCCCGAGUUCAUCAGCGGAGCUUGCCGGUUGCUGCUGGACGCUUUUUGAUCUCAACAAGUCAACGAAAACUUCACCAACCUCGCAGAGAAACCAUGUCUACAGCUGGAAAACCCAUUUCAUGCAAAGCUGCUGUGGCAUGGGAGGCCAAAAAACCCUUGAGCAUAGAGACGAUAGAAGUGGCUCCACCAAGAGCAGGGGAAGUGAGAAUUAAGAUUCUUGCUACGGGUGUGUGUCACACAGAUGCAUACACACUUGACGGACAUGACCCUGAAGGUAUCUUCCCGGUUGUGUUGGGUCAUGAGGGCGGUGGCAUUGUGGAAAGUGUGGGAGAGGGAGUCAAAUCAGUCGCCCCAGGGGACCAUGUGAUCCCUUUGUACACCCCUCAGUGUUAUGAGUGCAAGUUCUGUAAAAACCCCAAGACCAACCUCUGUCAGAAAAUCAGGGUCACUCAAGGUCAAGGUCUCAUGCCAGACGGAACUCGCAGAUUCACAUGCAAGGGGAAGGAACUCUACCAUUUCAUGGGUUGUAGCACAUUCGCAGAGUACACCGUGUGUGCUGAGAUCUCAGUGGCAAAAGUUGAUGAAAAUGCUCCCCUGGACAAAGUCUGUCUUCUUGGCUGUGGCAUCUCCACGGGUUACGGGGCAGCUUUGAAUAACGCCAAGGUGGAGCCUGGCUCUGUGUGUGGAGUGUGGGGUCUGGGAGCUGUGGGUCUGGCUGUCUUAAUGGGCUGUAAGAAAGCAGGGGCGUCCAAGAUUUUUGGCAUUGACAUCAACCCAGAUAAAUUUGAAACUGCUAGGAAGUUUGGUGCCACUGAUUUCAUCAACCCUGCUGAAUUCCCCAACAAGACAAUCCAAGAACUGGUCAUGGAGCGGACUGAUGGCGGCUUUGAUUACACGUUUGAGUGUAUCGGCAACGUCAAGACGAUGCGUGCGGCCUUAGAGUGCUGCCACAAAGGCUGGGGUGAGGCAGUCAUCAUUGGUGUAGCUGCCGCCGGACAGGAGAUCAGCACCAGACCGUUCCAGCUGGUCACUGGCCGUGUCUGGAGGGGCUCAGCUUUUGGAGGUUGGAAGAGCCGUGAUUCUGUGCCUAAGCUUGUGAAGGAGUACAUGAAUAAGGAGCUCAUGGUAGACGAGUUUGUGACCUUCACCCUGCCUAUGGACCAGAUCAACGAGGGCUUCCACUACAUGCAUACCGGAAAGAGCAUUCGCUCUGUCAUCGUAUUUGGUGAUUAAAAAGAUCCAUAUGAGCUCAGUGAGGAUUUGUUGACAAGAACAUUCUCUGGCCGCAUCGGAAAGUUUCCCCUGGAUAAGUCAUGAUGGUCUGAUAAGGCUCCCGUCCCUGUUGCUCUGUUUGUUAACUUUUGUUGAAAGUGUUUCAAAAGGCUUGACCCUUCUUACCUUCUUUGGCCUUGUGUUGUAGUCAGUCAUAUUGAAAAUAUUUGUGUAUAUGGAUAGCUGCCAUACUGGUUUGUUGAUGUUUUUGGAAAGCGCAGUUAACAUUUAUGUUUGCUUCUCUAAAGGAUUUUGCACUCCUUUACUGCGACAAUAAUUUGAAUUACCUCCUGUUUGCAACUUACUUUGUGCGAAUAUGUUAUUGUGCUGUGAUUUUUUUGGGAAGGCUGUCGAAAUUUGUUUAACACCGCUUCUCGGAUAAGGCUUUAAAGAGACAAGGCAAUGCUUGCACUUCCAGCAUGUUUGAAGAGAAUGAACCAGACCUACGUAUAAGCUCAAUUUUAAUUUGUUUUCGGUGUACCUAAAGAAUUUGUUACCUUAUUUUUCUCUUUUUACAUUUUGAUCCAUGUUUUCAACAUUCUAGUAAUUGCAUUGUCGAGGUGAAUGUUCAAAAUGUUAAUCAGACUACGGUACUUUGAUGUAUCGAUAAGAUGUCCAGGGGAUAAUUUUCUUGUGAAAUGUUAAUUUGGUUGCUUGUACUUCAUGCUGACAGGUCAGGGCAUUUAUUGAAAGUCCCAAAUUCAUGUAAGUUAUAUUUUAUACUCUCUAGUCUUGCCUUUGGUGAAGUGUUUUUAUCCUCAUCAUUUCGACGAAUUAGCCAUUUAUAGGGAAGAUUUAGAUUUUGAAAACUGAAUUUUCAAUCAGCUAGCUGAGUGGCAUUAUUUUUUUGCAAUUUUACUUAACCCUAUGGGUACGCCGUGUUUCACUAUCGUAUCCAUAUGACGUGGGGACCUCUGUGCCACCACUUUCCAAAGAGGAAAUUAACUCGUUAAUCCGAUCCGUACGCUUUGCAUAGUAGUCUGUCAAAAUCAUUUUUUGAGAAAUACUGAAAGUUUCAAAGAGAUCUUUGUACUAGAAGCAUUCUAAGAUGUGAAGAAUACAACCCCAGGAUUACAAAAUGACUCCAGUGCGUACGGAUAGGGUUAACCAAUCAGUACUGCAGACAGCUAUUCUGUCUGGAGGACGUUGUUGUUGAGAAGGAUCCGAUAACCCUCACCACCCUACACACAUCCUAAGAAAAUAAACGAAUAUAUAACAAUG